GGAAUGGACCGUACUUACUGAUAGUUUUUGUGUACGAUAGCCUGUAAUAUUAACACUCAUGAGCCCAGCAAGGACAAGUUUCUGUGACUGUCCCUUCUGCGGCCCGGGAUCUGUUUGUGACGUCAGCUUGGAUUUCUGACAGGACAAGAAUCAUCCAGCAAGCAGCCUCUCAAACCAACUCUUUCCUUUCCGUGUCCAUAUCACUUGGAGCGCAAGUAUCCUUUCAUUCGUCGCCUCGUUCAGCACAGUAUCAUGCCUGCAAAGCACUACAUCGUUCUGGGCUACGCUUGGGUGCCCCUCGUGGCAGCCUUCACUUGGUUCGGCGUCCUGGUCGCCCUCCUCUCCAUCUGGACUGCCAAGGGCAAGCCCAGGAUCAAGGCAGACAAUGGCACAGUCCCCUAUAUUUCUGAUAUCGGCGCCAUUGAGAAGCCACUUUUCAUCGCUUGUUGUUCAGUGACUACCGGCUUCUUUGUCGCAGCGCUGAGUCUCGAGCGAUGGCUGCGUCACAAGGCCCGAUUGGACCCAAACCAGAGAUCGCGAGAGAAGUGGCUCAGUAUUUUGGCUAUCUUGUUUGCUGCUGCAGGCGGCGCUUGUCUUAUUUCCCUGUCAGUCAAGGACAGCAUCAACCACAACCGCCUGCACUGGCACUUCACUAUCGGCUUCAUUGUCUGCAUUGCGCUAUCUGCCAUCUUCACGACGGCUGAAUGGGGUUGGCUCAAUACAGACUAUAAAUCUGCCAGGAUGCUCAAGUUCUCCUACACGUUGAAGUUGAUUAUCAUCUUGCUUGCUAUUGUGUUUGCCAUUGUGCUUGGCGUGUACUUCAACAACGAACAGAAGCAAUCGACAGCGGCCGUUAUGGAGUGGCUUGUCGCAUUUGUCUUUGAUCUCUACCUUUGGACUUUGGUAUACGACCUCUACCCAGCCAUUCACACCAAGCGCGUUACGCACUGGAAUGGUCCUGUUGCGAAGGAACGUUCAGGUGCUGGCUUUCACUCGCCCGACUCGAGCGUCGCUGGCCAGGUUUGAGAACAUCAUCUUCUUAUUGUACACUAGCUAGUUAAUGAUCAUUUACAUUCAGAAUACAAGUCAAUGACUGCUUC